AUGGACGAAAACAAAUACAUCGCGGCCGCGGAACUCGGCCUCCAGCCCAUCCACCUAGCCUGUCUCGAGGGCGAUCUCGAGGAAGUGAUCAAGCUGGCACGCGAGCCAAAGGCCAUCGACGCCCUCACGGAACCGCCUGCCAGGGCCGAGUGGCGGUAUAGGGAAACGCCGAUCAAACUCGCAGCUCUCAUGGGCCACCUCGAGAUCGUCGAGUUCCUCAUAGAAUGCGGCGCCUCCCUAGCCCACGACGGGCACCACGCGUGGUCGUACGCCACGGACGACGGGCUCGCGCGGCGGCGGAGGGAGUUCUUCACGAAGACGGUCGGGCUUGGGCGUGAGCACGACGGGGCGGGUGCGCGCAAGAGUAUAUAUAACCUCCUCUCUUCGCCGGGGAGGAGGAGUGUUUUGAGAGCAAUGCGAGGCCCCCGCGCCGACCUCGGGUACCCGGACUACCGGCUUGCGAAGCAAGGGCGGGACAUCGUGGUGUACGCGCCGGUGCUGCGGAUCCGGAGCGACAUCGCGCUGGACCGGAGCAAGACGAUCGGGGUGAUCACGGCGAGCAAGGGGGACGGCGAGGUGCUGAUGGCGGCGCACAGCGGGUACCGGCUCGGCGGCGACCGCGACACCGACAAGUGCCUCGACACCAACCAGUGGAACUACAUCGCGCUGCACCACAUCGCGGCGUUGAUCGGUUUUGUGUUCCCCGGGAACAGGCAUGAUAAUGGGGCGAAGAGGGUGGAUGAUGAUAUGCACCGCGGCCGCGCCCACGCCGGGCACGUCGAAGUCCUCCUCGCCGCCUGGUACAGCGUCGAGCUAACGCGGCGGUCCUCCGGAAACCUCGCCGCGCCUCUCGACUGGCUCCUAUCCCAGCUCCACACGCUGCGGCGCGCCAUCCUGGGCCCGGCCCGCUCCGCCGUCAUCAUGAUCGACUCCCAGCCGUGCGCCACCUGCCUGCGGUUCAUCAACCGCCUGUUCCAGUACACUGGCUUGCACUUCUCGGUCAGGGGCGCGGUGGGGGUGGGCCCGACGCUCGCGACGAAGGACCAGAGGAGUAAUAUGCGAUUUGAUACUUUUGGGGAUGUGUUUCCGGAGUCCGAGGGAGAGGAAGUCGAGGUAGGGGGCUGUGGGGAAGUUGACGACAAUGAUGAUGAUGACAAUGAUGACAACGAUAAGAUUAGGGAAACGGGUGAAGCUAGUAUCGGGCUGGGAAGCCCCUUUUCCGUGGUUCGGGAAACGGCUGCUGCCGCUACACCGGAUGUACGCGGUGACAACAUCAACACGGACGGGAUAUAUGCAGGCAACACCACGCACAUGAACAACGUACAGACAGCAGCAGCAGCAGCAGCAGCAUCAUCCCAACCAUACGCAAACUCCAGCCUCCCCACCCCUCCACGCUCAUCCCCCAUACCAGAACCUGACACCAGCCAAGCCACCCCAACCCCAACCCCCGCAGAACACACCACCACCACCAUCAUCCCCGUAACCCCCGCGCGGUCACGGAUGCAAUGGCCGCUCCCCGAGCACCGGAUCCGCACGCCUCACAACCGAACCGCCACCGAAGACCCCUUCCGCGACAUCCCGUCCCGUCGGCCGCCGAACCACUUCGAGCUGCUGGCCGAGUAUAAGAAGAAGACGCCCGUGUACCAUUUUCCGGGGUACGAGGCCGUUGUUGCGCAACAACAACGACAGCAGCAGCAGCAGCAGCAGCAGCAGCAGCAACAACAGGCUUCUCAGCAGCGACGGCUGAGAGACCGGCUGCGCAGGAGCCAGGGGCAGCUAUCGCAAAGACUGGCGACGCCGCCGCCGCUGGUGCCGUUGGCUCUAAGGGAUGUGGAGACUGGGGCGGUGGGGUGGAGGAGCAGGGGCGGGGAAGGGGAAGGAGAGGUUGUGCUUGUUGAUGCGAUGGGCGAUAGAGACGUGGGCAUGGACGGAAAUAACGACGACCACAACCACGUUGAUAUUGUUCUCGAGAGCAUCGAAGUCGACAACAGCAACAGCAACAGCAGCAACAUUGGAGCAGCUGCCGGGCGCGCGUACUCGACGACGCCCGCCAGCAACACAGCGACGACCACGCUCGCGACACAGCGGCUGGCUGCAGAAGUAGGCUCGCACAUGAAGGACCGCAGCAACCAUUUUGCGGCGCCGGGGCUGGGGAUUUUCUCCUACAGCAGCUUCGAGCCUGUUGCUCGGGAUCGGGAGAGGGGAGACCAUGCGGAUGCCCAUACCACUGCCAACGACAACGACAACGCGCACGCACAUGUCGAUACCCACAAUCACCACAUAUUUCCGAGCCCAAGCCCAAGCCGAGAAGUCCACAUGAAAGGCAGUGACAGUGACGGGAUCAACGACAUGGGGGCGAGAGCCGAAGUCGAAGCCGAAGAGGACGAGGACGAGGACGGCUACUACAUGAUCCGCUCGCUAGUCCGGCAAGCGCAGUCCGACGCCGUGCGCAACAACCAUCUUCCUAGACGAAACGAGGAGGGCGAGGGAGAAGACCACAUGGAUGCCACGCCGUGUCCAGUGCCGGUGCCGGGCGUAGUCAGACUGCAAAAAUGGCGAUACCACCCCCAGCCACGUCCCCAGCCACGUCUGGGAGCGGCGCCGUGGGCUCUUAGAGUGCGGGAUGGCGUACGGCCCGUGAGCAAGUUCCAGCCGAUGACACGUUUUCCGUAG